CCUUGGAAAACGAAGGGGGAGAACCAACCGUCUCCUAAUUUUAACCAGUACGUGAGGGACCAGGGGGCCAUGACGGACCAGCUGAGCCGCCGCCAGAUCCGCGAGUACCAACUCUACAGCCGGACCAGCGGCAAGCACGUCCAGGUCCGCGGAAAAAGGAUCACGGCCACCGCCGAGGACGGCAACAAAUUCGCCAAGCUGAUCGUGGAGACAGACACCUUCGGGAGCCGCGUGCGCAUCAAGGGCGCCGAGAGCGAGAAGUACAUCUGCAUGAGCAAGAGGGGGAAACUCAUCGGGAAGGUGAGUCCUGGACACCCCAAAUCCCCGGGGAGCGGCUGGGGGGUCCCGGCUGGGCUGAUCCCCCCACCCUCGGGGGCUCUGGGGGCUCCCUGGAGGCUGCUGGGGAGGAUCUGGGGAGCUGCUCCCAAUGUCUGGGGCUUGAAUCCAUAGGGAAUGGGGUGAGGAUGGAUUUGGGGUGAUCAAGGUGGGGUUUAAGGUGAUCAGGUUGGGUCUUGGGGUGAUCAGGGCAGGUUUUGGGGUGAUCAUGGCAGGUUUUGGGGUGAUCAGGGUGGUUUUGGGAGGUGGCAGGGGCAGGCUGGGCUGUUCCAGAGAUGGUGACAAAGGUGACCCAGGGAGUGGCAGGAACGGGAUGGAGGUGACACAGGACAGGGGCUGGGGUGACACA